UUUUGCAAACUCCGAUUGUCGUAAGUCGCUAUUGUGCAACUAUUAUUUAAUACGGUUUAAUCAAAGCCAUUUUAAACACUCUGGUUGAAUUAAUAAAGAAAAAUUUUAUCAUGACCAUACAAAAAUCUGAUUCUCAACAAGAUAAUGAAGCCGAAGAAGCGUCACAAAAAGAUGUACCAUACUAUAAGUUGUACAAAUUCGCAACCCUUCUGGACAAAUUCCUCAUACUUCUGGCGAUCUUGGCAGCAAUGAUAUGCGGAGUCCUGCAGCCCUACCUGAUGAUACUCUUCGGAGAAGUUACCGGUGUUAUACUGGACUACUACGAAGCCAUACAGCAGAAUUUAACAGCGCAAGAAGAGCAAAUUGCCGAAGAUAAGCUUUUUGCAGGCACUCAGUACUUUGCCAUAAUGACCAGCAUCAGCGCUAUCGUUAUUAUAAUCACCACUUACAUAUCCGUAGUGUUUUUGACUCAAAGCUCUUUGAGACAGACUUUCAAAAUGCGAAAACUCUUCCUGGAAAAAACCCUCAACCAAGACAUCGGGUGGUACGACCAGAACCAAACCGGAGAUUUUGCUUCUGUCAUAACCGACAACAUUCCAAAAAUCGAAGACGGCUUAGGCGAAAAAUUGGGAAUGGUAGCUUUUCUGGCUACCACUUUUGUCGUAGGAAUAAUAUGGGCCUUGAUCAAGGGCUGGCAACUCGCCCUUGUAUGUUUAACAUCGUUGCCAUUGCAAACAGCUGUAAUGGGCGCAAUUGCUUGGUUUUCCGCCAAAUAUUGCAAACAAGAAAUGGCAGCUUACGGUAAAGCAGGUGCCGUAGCCGAAGAAGUUUUGAGUGCCAUUAGAACCGUGGUUGCUUUUGAUGGCCAAGACAAAGAAAUUUCAAGAUAUAGGAAGUUCGUUACAGAAGCUAAAAAAAACAACAUCAAACGAUGUCUAUUCAACGCCCUAAACCAAGGCUUUAUUUGGUUUUUAACCUACGGUUGCUAUGCUUUGGCUUUUUGGUACGGAGUCGGUUUGGUUAUCCAGGAACGCAAACUUCCCGAAAACGAAAGGAUUUAUACGCCUGCCAACAUGAUGGCGGUUUUUUUCUCCACGCUCAUUGCUACAUGGAAUUUCGGUACGAUUGGCCCUUACCUGGAAGUUUUUGGAAUGGCCAGAGGGGCGGCCUUCAAAGUUUUCCAGGUGCUGGACAGCGAACCAGAGAUGCACAAGCAGCAAGAUGUCGGUAAAAGACCUGAUUUCACCUCGGACAUUGUGUUUGAAAAUGUUAAGUUUCGGUAUCCGUCUAGACCGGAAGUACAGGUCUUGAAAGGCAUUAAUUUGGAAGUAAGCUUUGGAGAAACUGUAGCCUUGGUAGGCCAUUCAGGAUCUGGUAAGUCAACGGUUAUACAGCUAAUGCAAAGGUUCUACGAUCCAAAUUCUGGAAUGAUCACUGUGGACGGAGUCAACUUAAAAGACAUCAAUUUAAGCUAUUUGCGUCAAAAUGUCGGCGUGGUGAGUCAGGAGCCUUCUUUGUUCGCCGCCACAAUAGCUGAAAAUAUCCGCUACGGCAAACUUACCGCUACAAUGGAAGAAAUAAUUGCUGCUGCUAAAAAGGCAAACGCACACAAGUUUAUUACAAACAUGCCGCACGGUUAUCAAACGGUGAUUGGAGAAAGAGGAGCUCAAUUGUCAGGAGGUCAAAAGCAAAGGGUCGCUAUCGCCAGGGCUUUGAUUAAAACCCCAAACUUACUUUUACUUGACGAAGCUACUUCGGCUCUGGAUACUGCCAGUGAAGUUGAAGUGCAACAAGCAUUGGAUUCUAUUACAGGUGAAUGUACCAAAAUCGUUGUAGCUCACAGAUUAUCGACAAUAAGAAAUGCCAACAGGAUUGUGGUUUUUGAUAAAGGAGAUAUUGUUGAGGAAGGCUCGCAUCGUAAAUUAAUGGAAGCCAAAGGGGCUUAUUACAAUAUGGUCAGUUCUCAAGGCUAUACAGAGCUUGGCAAUGAAAUCGAUGUAAAAUCUACAAGAAAAGCAUCGAAAAGUUUCUCAACAAAAUCUGAUGGAGUCCAGGAAGUUGGCGAAGAAGAAACUAUCCAAGUUGAAGAAGUUAUUUAUUCAGGCACAAUAAUGAAAAUACUAAAAAUGAACAGGCCAGAGUGGUUACCGAUGGUUGUUGGUUCUUUAUCAGCUUUAAUGAACGGCUGCUCAUUACCACUUUACGGUAUAGUGUUUGGAGACAUACUGGGCUCUUUAUACAUUACAGACACAAUUAUACUAAGACAAGUUGCCAACAAUUACUGCCUCUAUUUCUUGUAUUUAGGCCUAGCAUCUGGACUAGCCAUGUUUCUUCAGAUUUAUGGGUUCGGUUACGCAGGAGAAAAACUAACCAAUCGUCUCAGGAAUAGAAUGUUUGCCUCGAUGCUCAAGCAAGAAAUUGGCUGGUUUGAUAGAAAAGAAAAUGGGGUCGGUGCCUUGUGUGCUAAGCUUUCAGGAGACGCUGCCAGCGUACAAGGUGCUGCAGGUUCAAGAAUAGGUCUUAUUCUCAACUCAGUAGCGACGUUCAUCUUGGCAGCUGCUAUCGGUUUUUACAUGGAAUGGAGAUUGACUCUGAUAACAGGAGUGUUUUUCCCUUUGCUAUUUUUCUCGAUAUCUUACGAAAGAAAAUCGGUUCAAGCUGACGCCCAGUUCACUCAGAAGCUUUUGGAAAAAUCGGCGAAAAUUGCUGUCGAAGCAAUCGACAACAUCAAAACCGUCAAAGCUUUGGGCUGUGAAAGUAUAUUUUGCGACUCUUACGAGAGGGAGCUUAUUUUUAGUAAGCGAGCUGGCUUUAAAAGAUCCCACCUGAAAGCUGUUAUAAUGGGAAUGGCUCGGAGUUUGCAGUUUUUAGCUUACGCUGGCGGCAUGACUUAUGGAGCUCAGUUACUGGUUAAACGUGAAACUGAUGCUGCAGUUGUUUUCAAGGUAUUGGAGGUUGUAAUAGCAAGCUCUUGGUCUGUGGGCAAUGCCUUAUCUUUUUCUUCGAAUAUGCAAAAGGGUAUUACAGCCGCAGGACGAAUAUUUGCUUUGUUUGCUAGAGAACCUAAAGUCAAGAACUGCGUGAAUUCUAUAUCACAUCAAAUGGAUACUCCAGUUGUGGAAUACUCCAAACUUCACUUUUCUUAUCCCACAAGACCAGCGAUACAAGUUCUGAAUGGUCUGGAUUUGUCGAUAAUGCACGGCAAAACGGUGGCUUUAGUUGGAGGCAGCGGAUGUGGGAAAUCCACAUUGAUACAGCUAUUGAUCCGAUUUUACGAUCCCACUUACGGUGAAGUUAGCGUGGAUGAUGACGAUAUUAGGACUUUGAACUUGAAGUGCUUGAGGUCUCAAUUGAGUUUAGUAAGUCAAGAACCCAACUUAUUUGACUUGACUAUAGCAGAAAACAUCAGCUACGGCAUAAACGACAGGGAAGUUUUAAUGAAGGAAAUUGAAGAAGCUGCCAAAGCUGCCAAUGUUCACUCUUUCAUUGCUAGUCUACCUUUGGGUUACGAAACAAGAUUGGGAAGUAAAGGUAAGCAACUGUCGGGCGGGCAAAAACAAAGAAUAGCAAUCGCCCGAGCCCUGAUACGCAAUCCAAAAAUAUUAUUGUUAGACGAAGCCACCUCCGCCUUGGAUAACGAAAGCGAAAAAGUUGUACAAGAAGCUUUGGAUAAUGCCAGGCAAGGCAGAACUUGCAUAACGAUAGCACACAGGCUGACCACCAUACAAGACGCCGACAUGAUUUGCGUGGUGAAAGAGGGCAGGAUUGCCGAAAAGGGCACGCACAAUGAACUGUUAGCCCUCAAAGGGCUUUAUUAUGAUUAUUACAAGUUACAGUCUGGACAAAGUUAGGAUUUUUCUAUUCUGUAAUCUUAAGAUAACUCUCGAAUGUUUGAAGUUGCAACAAAAAUUGACAGUACUGAGUAUUUUUGUAGACAAAUAAGUAUUAAAUAGUUGUAACCGAAACAAAGAUUGAUUUUAAGCGGGGGUGUUUUAUUUCAAGAAAUUUUUCGGUCAAAAUAAGCAAAUUAAGUAUUCAACUAUAACAAUAUAAGUAAAAUGAAGUGCAAGCUAAAAUAAUAUACAUAAUCAAGUUCUUAAUCAUAUAUCCACUAAUCACAAUAAUAAAACCACUCUCCACAUCAAUAUACUCUAAACCAGUAAAACCUUCAACUUUAGAAAAAUAUGUUGCAGCAAAAAUAUGCAUUAUUAUUUCAUAGAGAUUCCUGUACUAGUGAGUGCUGAAAUAGGAUAAGAAAACAGUGUUUUUUUUUUCAAUGGGACGGCCCUACAACAUCACUUUUCUUUUCGGUUGAAAACUAUUCUAGAUUAACUAACAUUUGUCUAAAAAUACUGCCCUUAGACAAGCCAAAUGAAGGUCCUUUACGAAAAUCCGCAUUUGGACCACAUGGAGAGUAAUAUUUGGUUGAAAUUAGGUUUCUGUUUGGCCCUUUUGCCAACGAUUGCGGCCCUUUUUGGAACGACUUAUUCGA